AUGAUCCACCAAACACAUGCAUAUCAUAUAGUUAACCCAAGCCCAUGGCCACUUACAGGAGCUCUCUCGGCUCUUCUUAUAACAUCAGGACUAAUUAUAUGAUUUCACUUUAACUCGGUAUACUUACUAAUACUAGGCCUCACCACCAACAUACUUACCAUGUACCAAUGAUGACGAGAUAUCGUCCGGGAAAGUACCUUCCAAGGCCAUCACACCCCAAUCGUCCAAAAAGGACUACGAUAUGGAAUAGUCUUAUUUAUUGUAUCAGAAGUAUUUUUCUUCGCGGGAUUCUUUUGGGCCUUCUACCACUCAAGCCUAGCACCUACUCCUGAAUUAGGAGCAUGUUGACCACCUACAGGUAUCAUCCCCUUAAAUCCGCUAGAAGUUCCACUACUUAACACCUCUGUACUUCUAGCAUCUGGGGUAUCUAUCACUUGAGCUCAUCAUAGUCUAAUAGAAGGAGACCGCAAACAUAUGCUCCAAGCCCUAUUUAUUACUAUUUCACUAGGAGUUUAUUUUACACUUCUACAAGCCUCAGAAUACUAUGAGACAUCCUUUACUAUUUCAGAUGGAGUGUAUGGUUCAACCUUCUUUAUAGCAACUGGAUUUCAUGGGCUUCAUGUAAUUAUUGGUUCAACUUUUCUUACUGUGUGUUUUCUACGACAACUGCACUUUCACUUUACAUCCAACCAUCACUUUGGCUUUGAAGCGGCAGCAUGAUACUGACACUUCGUAGACGUUGUAUGGCUUUUCCUUUAUGUUUCUAUUUACUGAUGAGGAUCCU